AUGCAAACCGUUGACAAUAUUAAUCCUUCGACUAAGACGAAAGACCAAGGCAAUCGCUGGAGUACAGUACCGAAGACCAGAAAUAAAGCAAUAAGCAGUAACAUCACAUCAAACGUAAACGGCAAUGCAACUGACGGAGUAGCUGAAUGUACAUGGUGCCAAAACAACUUUCUGGUCUUAGAUGACCUAAAUGAAUCCUGCAGAAUUAUCGACGAGAUGCAGAUAAAAAACCGAAUUGGCAGCGAUGGAAGCAACGAGGGCAAAGAUAAACCGCCAGCAAGCAAGCGUCAGCAAGCAAGAGUACAAAACGACAAAAAGACUGUAAUAGUGGGAGACUCGAUUGUCAAAGGUUUGCAGCAACACAAACUUUCGAAAGCAGCAAAGCAGAGUGUGGGUGUGAAAUGCUUCCCAGGAGCGACUGUUGGGGGAUAUGAGCGAUUAUAUAAAACCCGUGCUACGUCAAAAGCCAGAUACCGUUAUUCUGCAUGUGGGAACAAGCAGCACCACUAACAAGGAAGCAUGCGAGAUAGUUAAUGACAUUGACAGAUUAUGCCAAGAGGUCAAAGAAAUUGAUCCCAACGUUGAAAUAAUAUUGUCUGAAUUGAUCAACAGAGAGGACAAUGCAAAGGCCAAAACAAAUGUUCAGGAGGUAAAUCGUUUGUUAGCAUAUUACUGUACUGCGACUAAUUCAAAUCUAAUUAUACAUAACAACAAUAUCCUCAGUAAGUCGCUUAACAGAUCCAAAUUGCAUCUGAAUAAGUUCUACUUUAGCUAAAAACUUUAUUAGUUAUUUACAUAAUUUGUAGCCUAUAGGUAAAGUUCCAACUCUUUACAGCAAAAUUUCCGAUACCGAGCCAAGUUGCUCCAUUGAGAAGAUUAUUCAGGAUCCGUUCCCUAAUGCAAGCGAAAAUUUUCAAAAUUUAGAGAUAGAGAACGAGAAUAACAUAAAUUUUCUACGAUCACUAAAAGGAUUUAGAGUUGGACAUAUAAAUAUUGCUUCACUCGUCAAGCACAUUGACGAAUUGAAAAUAUAUCUUGAAAAAGAACCAUUCGACAUCCUUAGUAUCAACGAAAGUAGACUCGAUGAAACGAUAAGCACUGAUGUUGUCAGCAUACCAGGAUAUGAAAUGAUUGUUAAAAAUCGUAAUCGUGUGGGUGGCGGUGUUGCAAUUUACUAUUGCAGUGUUUUGAAUGUUAUGAAUAGGCAAGAUUUCCAGCGAAUGUUGAAGCUGUUUGUCUCGAGGUCACUAGGCCAAAAUCCAAACCCAUUUUAA